UGGCGCUACUCUAUCAACAGCAGCAGAUUCAGAGGAUCUGUAUACCGGCUAGCAAAUGAGCGCCCUUUUUCUCGAAUUUUCGCGUCAGUUUCGUGCCUGUAAAACCAAACAGGACCAAAUCACCACGAUGAUGAAUUUCCUGUACCAGUAUGGCCAACCAUCCAGCCAAUCUUAAAAUCAUUACGUGGAACGCCUGCUCGCUUGCAGCAAAACAGAUGGAGCUCGCAGAGUUCCUUAGAAACUAUAAGAUCGACAUCGCAACUAUCAUCGAAUCUCACCUUAAACCCAACAUCAACUUCCACCUACCUGACCAUACUAUUGUUCGACUGGAUCGUUCCACAUCACGAGGGGGUGGUGUCGCUGUAGCAGUGAGACGAGGUCUGAAGUUCCUUUCAUUAAGAAGCUUCAACCUCAAAAUUAUUGAGGCUAUCGGCAUCGAACUUAUAACAACAACAGGGCCAAUCAACAUCAUUGCAGCGUACUGCCCCUACCAAGUGAAGGAAGGAGACGACUCCAGUCUGCUGUUAUGCAGAGACCUCAUCGCACUUAGCCGGAAUCGUGGCAAAUUUAUCCUAGCUAGAGAUUUGAAUGCCAAACAUGAAGCCUGGGGGAAUCUUCGACGAAACAUGAAUGGCAGAGUUCUCUUUAGUGAUCUUCCUUGCGGGCACUACAACAUCCUGUGCUCCGAGGAGGCAACAUACUUUUCUCCGGCUGGGGUUCCAUCAACUCUUGACAUUUUUGUCACAAAUUUGACCAACGUCCAGCAGCCAACGGUGGUGCACGAGCUAAGUAGUGACCACUACCCGGUAAUGAUAGUUCUUGGUGAAGAGGUGGGGACCAGGAGGUUGCAGCGCAAGAAUUACCAUCGAGUCAACUGGCCAGUUUUCCAUCAACUGGUCGACGCUGGCGUGAUUUUUGACCAUUCGCUGCAUACCAAGGAAGACAUUGAUAGUGCGCUGAGUGGCGUAGAAGAGGCACUGUGUGUAGCUCGGGAGCAGCAUGUCCAACCAGUUCCGUGUAUUCGUCGAGAUAAAUUAUUCAAAACCUGUCAAAACAAGAUGAGCCUGCCAGUAGUAUCACCGCAGAAGCAAAUAAAAUUUGCUGGUCCAAGACCACGAAAUUCUCUGGAAAGUAUCCGUUCGAAGCCCCUCCCAAAAAAAACAGGCUAUGCCCCAUGCCAACAAAGCCUUUCCGACGACAGCUACUUAUGUGCGCAACACAAAACAAUCGACUGUGGAGAACCGAUUUGUUCCCAAUCAACAGUUGAAGAAGAUACAAUUUCAGAGAAUGGCAAUGAUGUAAAUACCGAUUAUACGAACCAUGAUGAAGACGCUAGCCAAAAUGAUCAAACAGAGUCUUUUGAACAAAGCCUCACACAGGAAUCGUUUUUCAAUAUUUCACGCAUUCCAAAGGAUGAGCCCGAAAAUCAGACUGUCCCCAGUCUUAAGAUUGAUGUUAAAAUUUCAAUGGUUGCAAUGGUUUUGAUAACCAUUGCCAUCUUUUUUUCCCGAAUUCUGACAAUGCCUAGCGAACGUCCCCACCAACAAACUCUUCCGAAACAAAAGCAUUGUGACAAUUUUUUGAAACUCGGAUCCAAAUAUCCGGUGGCAGACCUGAUGGUUUGGAAAACAUUAAAUAUAAGCGUAAAUCGAGCAUUUUACCGUGAUCCUGGCGAGUCAACCACAUUCAUCUUUCUCCAUAAUUCGUCGGCCAUUGAAGAUUCAUUCUUGGAGGAUAUCAUUCGUGUAACAUCAGAGUGCAACGGGGGCCGCCAACCAAUUCGUCUCAACAGCGCCGAUUUUAUCAACACAGGAAUAGCCCAGAAUCAUACCGCCUUUCUUGAGCAACACAAAAAGCUACUGGAAGAAAACGGAAUUUUGGUGGUACAAAACCUGGACCAAAUUCCACCGCGUGAUGCGAAAGUGUUCUUCACGAUUUGCGACUCAUACGAGCCUUUAGUGCAGGAAACCAUAAUUUUCUUCACACUAGACGUUUCGCAUCAACCGGAGUACGCCACUAAUUCGCAACGCAGCGCAACCGAAAUAGCGGAAAAGAUUUUGAAAAAAAUGUGGCAAAAUGAACUGAACGAAAAUAUGCUUAUUCCCCUGUUGACCCGACUGACAGACAAUGUGUUUAAAAUUGGUUUUUAAUUUGUUUUUAUAAAUGAAAUUAUUGCAUACGUUCGCUAUCGUUGUCGUUUCAAUCAAAAUCCCAAUUAAAAAAAUAAAGUUCCGGAUUUCACAAAACGAUUCAAAAAAAUAACAAUUUUUAGCACUGCUAGAAAAAUUAUAACAAAAAAUUGACCCAGAACAAACCGUAACAUUUUUUCUUCAUAGUUUGCACCCCGAGGGGGUGUCAAAAAUAUAAGGUUUGGCCCCUUCUUGCAAUGGUUAUCUCUCUCGAUGCCUAAUUUGAGUAGAGAGAUCAGACAUAUCACUGUUUUAUGUGCGAUUCACAUAGCACGUUACGGAGAAGAACGUCUACGUUCCGUCAACGACUCCACCAAUUCACACACGCAGUCAAUGCUUCCACCAGCACCGUCCCGUCAAAUGCCAAACGAAUGAUUUAUUUAAUUUUAUUCAUGGUGUCGCCACCUACAACAAUUUUAAAUUGCAAUGUCCUCUUUCAAAUCAGCAUGC